AUGUCAUCUGACUCCGAAAGAGACACCGAAGUCAGGCCCAGUAGCCUUGAAGAUGCGAUCAAGCACCUUGAAGCAGUUGCUUUCGUGCCUCCAAAACAACGAUAUACGGAUGCUGGCCAGUUGGCCAAAACAAUAGCAACCCACGCGUACGCGAGUGGCAUACCGCAAGCUGCCCUCGAACGCUUGCUGAAGCUCCUCACGACGCACAAUGCUCUUGACCAAGGCACAGUUACCACACUAGUCAAGAACUUGUACCCACUGGAGAGGGUAUCCUCCAAACUAAUCACACGAGUUGUGUGCUGUCUUGGUCCUGCCAAAACAAAGCCCAGUCCUGCGACCCAGGCUCUGCUUGUGCGAUGGCUGAUUCUUGUAUACGAUUACCUCGAUGACAAGUCUCAUCUGGGAAAACUAUAUGCUGUGCUGUUCAACUAUCUGGACAUGAUCAGUCUACGCAAGCCUCUGUGCCAAUUGCUUUCGUUCAUCACGAGGCGCAAGCAUGUCAAGCCCUUUCGUAUCCAAGCUCUUAUGGAGCUAGUCAGCCUUUCUGGUGGUGAAGAGAAAGAGCUCUUGAUUCUACUUAAUGUGUUCAAAAACUACUGUCCUGAUGUUAUUGUUGGUGACCUCGGCUUUACGGGAAGAAAGGCAUCCUUCUUCAAACAUCCGGACCCUGAAUGGACCGCUCAUGUCAGGGAAAUUCAGGAUACCCACCUUGAAAAGUUGCAGGCAGUGCAGCCAUCGACGUUCCAGGUCGUACAUCGCGGUCUAGCAAAGAGAAGCAAGGUAGAGGCCAUUGUUCCUGAUGUGAAGACAUCAAGGGUGUCUUAUAGCCACACUUCCUUGGAAGAACUGCGUGGUGUUGAACAUCUUGUUGACAAGAUUGACAAGAUAGAAUUACCUAACCAGAUCAUAUCCAUGCUGGGGAAUAACCUAGCGCAGAAGUACCUUUUUCUGGCUCGUUCUGAGGCUGCAGAUCGCCGGUUGAAUGACUGGCUCAGAACGUUCUUAAAUGACCAAUUGGAAAUCGCGCGGGCAAAUGACGUAGAAGACCAUGAGAGCUUGGGCUACAUAUUGGCUUUGGCGGCUGAAUAUGCGCAAUACACGAAGGAAAUACCGGACGCUUUCACAUCGUUUCUCAAAAAGUAUCUCAUCUUCUGGAAUGGCGAAGACAACAGAGAGCAGAUACUUGGGCUUCUCGUGUAUCUUCCCGUUCUUGACUUCGAUACUCUGAGCAGGGAUUUCUUGACACCAUCGGAGAGAGCACUCCUCAACGGAGCCAUUUCAUCAAGAACAUCUCUGCUUGAUUUCUAUUCGGCCUUGAUCCGUCAAUGGGGAAUCCAGUUGAGGACCAAUUCACAGACUACAGAGGCAUUCAAACCAUUGGGCCGCCUGAUAUCGCACGCAGAACUUCUAGCCUUAUCGACGUUAGAGUGCUUGACCUCAAUGCCGGAUCUCACAGAUGCCCAACAUGAGAAACACAAGCCCGCCACAUUGUCCAUCUUGGACUUCUACUGUACCCUAGCCGAACUUUUCACACACGCAUCCACGAAUGGGAGCAUUCGACUUACUGUCCCGCUAGCUCCUACAGUUUAUACACUUGCCUUCACGCCCAUCAACUCAGUCAUCUCCAUCAUGUGCUCAGUGCUUGCCAGCUACAAGUCGUCCUUUGAGGCUUCCCUCACCUCUCAGGUUCUCCGGGUACCAAACUCUCAAGACUCGCUCUAUCCGACAGAACUCGUGGGUCAAUUCAAUGGCUAUAUCAUGGACAUCUGUAACCUGAUCUGGCGGAACCGAGGUCUCAACUCCGAAGACCCCAACGCUGUGGGCUGUCUAAUACCGGCCCCCACCGUUGCUGCGCUGACGCGAUUCAUUCGUGAGUACAAUGAGAAGGAAAGAAAGCGCGAUUCCUCUUUCGUCUACACAAUCUCCUCGGUCUUCUCUCUCAGUCACCAUGUGGCACUGUGCAACUUGUCUGCGGCCUGCUUCUCUGACAUCGAAGAGGAGAACAACAUUGGCGACGAGCAGCCCAAGCUGAUGAAGCCAGUGACGCAAAAGGCACUGAGUGCGCUAGAGAAAGAAGGAGGUAUGAAGAUGGCGUGGCAGGAGUAUAGAGUGCGGAUGCUUGACUGGCUUGACGCGACAGGAAGCGUUGGAAUUGGUAACUUGAUGCGGAGCACGAUGAAGGCUUUGCGGAAAGAGUAGAGGUGAUAUCAGA